GCUGCGGGAUAACCACUUGGUGAACUCUAUGCCACUUGCCAAUCACCAGCACCCCGUGGUGAGGUCACAUAUUCGCUCCUCGUGCAUGCCGGCGAUGUCGGGGGCAGCCCUGCCUGCUGACCAAAGGCCUGUUUUGCAACUUCGCAGGUGGACAGAGGAAAUGCUUCAAGGAUAUUCUCAAAACCUCCUUGGAAAAUGUGUGGCAUCCCAACUGGCUCACGGGAGUCCGUGGUUCAUGACCUCUUGUAGUGGAGAACGAGCAUUCCGAAUGGUGUUGUGACACUUGAGUCGAUGCCUCAGGAGCACCCAGAAGCUCUGGAAUAAGUGAUGAAAGGAGCUGGCCAUCUCAUAAAACAAUCUGCCAUGUCAGCCGCUUCCUGUCCCCGUGGAAAAAGUCUGCAGCUCCUACAUUGACCUCACCAGCUACCUCAGAAUCCACAGACCUGGAGUACAGGAUAUACUCUCAUCAACGAGGAUUGCCCGGGGGCGGAGUGGAAUAUCAUGUGUCGGGAAUGCUGUGAGACAGAUCAGAUUGAGUGCACCUGUCCUGGAAAACAGGAGAUCGUGGGCUAUUCCGUCCCAUGUUGCCGUAAUGAGGAAAAUGAAUGUGACUCUUGUCUGAUUCACCCAGGGUGCGUCAUCUUUGACAACUGCAAGGGAUGUAACAACGGCUCGUGGGGAACAUUGGAUGAUUUCUACAUCAAAGGGUUUUACUGCUCCGAGUGCCACACUGGCUGGUCAGGUGGAGACUGUCUGAAAUGUGGGGCUGUAAUAAAUGCUUCAAGAGGACAUAUUAUACUGGAAGGAUAUCCCAGCAACUCUCACUGUGAAUGGACUGUGUCAGUGAAUCCCGAUCUUGCGAUUGAAUUAAGGUUCUCCAUGUUGAGCCUGGAGUUUGACUACAUGUGUCAGUACGACUACGUAGAGGUCCGUGACGGCGACAACAUCGAUUCCAGGGUCAUCGGCCGGUUCUGCGGGAACGAGAGGCCUCCCCCCAUCCGGACCACCAGCAACCUGUUACACAUCCUGUUUGUAUCCGACGGCUAUAAAAGCUUUGAUGGAUUUUAUGCCACGUUCGAGGAGGUUGACGCAUGUUCCUCCUCUCCCUGCUUACACGAUGGGAUGUGCCUCCAGCUUGGACCAGUCAGCUAUGAAUGUGCCUGUCUCGCUGGGUAUACUGGCAAACGGUGUGAAAACAUGGUGAUAUGUAGGAAUCCGGUGGCCCCGUUCAAUGGGACAGUGAAAGGGAACGACUUCCGAUUUGGCUCCCAGGUCUACUUUGGCUGCGAUGCAGAUUUCCACUUGGUUGGAAGUAACGUUGUCACUUGUCAGCUGGAUGGGAACUGGAGCGCCAGUGCGCCACGCUGUGUUCCAGAGGGCAGGCGCUGUGCUGACCCUGGUGCACCAAAGAACGGGCAUCGACAAAUCCUCCCGGGAAGUGGGCACCUACGCCAGGGCUACGCCACCUUGGGCACCAUCGUGCAGUUCACCUGCAACUCUUUCUUUGUUCUGAGCGGCAGUCCACAGGCAAGGUGUCAACAGGACGGGACGUGGUCAGAGAAACAGCCGGCCUGUACGAAAGUUCCAGAGAAGAAGCGUUGUGCCAUUCCUGGUGCACCACUGAAUGGGCAUCGAAGAAUUCUCCCAGGAAGCGGGCACCUACACCUGGGCUAUGCCACCUUGGGCACCAUCGUGCAGUUCACCUGCAAUCAUUCGUUUGUUCUGAGCGGCAGCCCGCAGGCAAGGUGUCAACAGGAUGGGACGUGGUCAGAGAAACAGCCCACCUGCAGGAAAGUUCCAGAGAGGAAGCACUGCAGCGACCCUGGUGCACCAAUGCAUGGGCAUCGAAGAAUUCGCCCAGGAAGUGGGCAAAUACACCAGGGCUAUGCCACCUUGGGCACCAUUAUGCAGUUUACCUGCAAUUACUCAUUCGUCUUGAGUGGCAGCGCACAGAUAACGUGCCAAGAAGACGGGACGUGGACAGAGACACGGCCAACAUGCAUUAGAGCUUGCAAGAAACCCAAGCUCCCCAACUUGGUGAGACAGAAAGUUUUGUCAACACAGCCUCAGACCAGGAGGACACCGCUGCACAGGCUAUUGGCCACUAUUCUAGACAAGGAGCAGUCUCAAAUCUCACCCACUAAAGCCCCAAUACGGCGUGUUGGGAAUCUACCAGCAGGAUUCUAUCAUCCUCACACACAGCUGGAGUAUGAGUGCAUCUCCCCCUUCUACAGACGCCUUGGGAGCAGGAAAAGAACAUGUCUCAAAACCGGCAAAUGGAGUGGUCGAUCACCAUUGUGUAUUCCCAUUUGCGGAAAGCUGGGCAACUUCAGCCGGCAGAACCUGCCCUCAAUGACUUGGCCCUGGCAGGCCGCGCUCUACCAGAAGGUGUCGCGGACCAACAACGAGAUUGUCGGCGGGCACGCCUGGUUCCUGGCCUGCAGCGGGGCAGUUCUGAACGAGCGCAGCGUGGUGGUGGCUGCCCACUGCGUGACGGAGUUGGGCAAGGCGGCGCUGAUCAAUACAGCAGAUCUGAUGGUGGUUCUGGGGAAGUAUUUCUACGAUGAGUCGAGAAAGGAAGAGAGCCGGCAGUACCUGCAGAUCUCCGGAGUCAUCGUGCAUCCUUCCUAUGACCCAAUCCUGCUGGAUUCCGACAUCGCUAUCAUCAAACUGAUGGACAAGGCGAAAAUCACCAACCAGGUACAGCCGGUGUGCCUUCCUGACGUGAAGGAUCUAUCGGCCGUCGGCACCCAGGGCUACGUCACUGGCUGGAGGAUGCAGAGUGAGCCCAGGGAGUCCGCCCGUGGCAACGACACCCUGCGUGUGGGCACCAUUGAGAUUGGCGACGCCGUCCAAUGCGAGCAGCAGUACGAGGAGCACGGGAUCUCCGUCAGCAUCACCGAGAACAUGUUCUGCGCCCACCAGGAUCCUCGGGGUUUCUCAAACAUCUGCCCCCUGGAGACGGGGGGCGUGGCCACCUUCCCAGCGGCGGACAAGGUUGGCAAAACGUACACCUGGUACCUGGUGGGCUUGGUCAGCUGGGGCUACGAGAGAGGAUGCAGCCAAGAACUUUUCACCGUCUACACCAAUGUAGCCCCGUUCAAAGACUGGAUCGAGAAGCACCUGAAGUAAGAAUCCCUCACCCAGGCUUCACAGGGUGAUGCUGAGCAGAAGGCAGGCAGCUGGUAACAGGCCUGGCUUCACAAUUGCAUCCUUUGAACUGACAGCGUUGUUGACACAAGGCAACCCAUUAAAGCACACAGCAGCUGCAGCAGUCAGCACGCGCCACCCGUCAAACGCAGCGACUAACUUGGUGAUUUUGGUGAUUUUUUUAUCAGCGAUGCCUCAACUAAAUUUAUUCACAGAGCAACCAUUCCACUCCUGCCCCUCAGGGAUCUCAUUCCCUCUCCCCAGGGAUCACAUUCCUUCCCCUGCACCAGGGAUCACUUUGUCAUAUUGCAUCUUCUCAUUGCUCCCAAGUCCAUCGCCGUAAACCCCCUCCCACCCCUACCCAUUCCACUGCCAUCUCCUCCUCUGAAGAUUCUCAUUGUUGAAUGUAUUGCAAUGUUUAUAUCCUCUGCAAACUUCAAAAGUUCUAGUCAGUAAAAUGAAAAUAAUAUGUAGUUCUUUGUCAGUCCCCUGAAAUAUCUUGAGGUGGGUCACAAAAAGUGUUAAUUCAGUGUUUUCCCAUCACACCGUCCCCCACCCCAGCUUGACAAUGCAAUGUUAGUCUGAGCUGUAUCCUCUGGCACUGGUACCAAGCGUUGAGUCUGCAUAAUUCUACGUUAAAGGUGAAAAUUGAAUAGAUAACCUUAACUCCUUGGAAUCUACCAAUGGGCUUAAUGUAUGAAGAGCAUUUGAUGUCUCCGGGCCUAUACUCGAUGGAGUUCAGAUGGAUGAAGGGGGGAAAUCUCAUUGAAACCUACCGAAUACUGAAAGGCCUGGACGUGGAGAGGAUGUUUCCAUUAUCAGAAUCAGAAUCAGCUUUAUUAUCAUUGACUUACAGGUCGUGAAAUUUGUUGUUUUGCGGCAGCAGUACAGUGCAAAGAUGUAAAAUUACUAUAAAUCACGAAAUAAAUAGUGCGAAAAAAAGGAAUAACGAGGUACUGUUCAGAGGGCACGUGCUGGAUGGUGAGGGUCCUCAGUGAUGGAUGCCGCCUUCUUGAGGCACCUCCUCUUGAAGGUGUCCUCAGUGGUGGGGAGGGCUCAGCCUGUGGUGGAGCUGGCUGAGUCUACAACUGUCUACAGCCUCUUGCGAUACUGUGCAUUGAGCCUCCAUACCAGGCAGCGAUGCAACCUGUCAGAAUGCUCUCCACCUAUAGAAAUUUGCAAGAGUCUGGUGACAUACCAAAUCUCCUCCUAACCAAGUAGAGCUGCUAGCGUGCCUUCUUAGUAGGAGAAUCUUGGAUCCGAGGGCACAGCCUCAGGAUAAAGGGACAUCCCUUCAGAACUGAGAUGAGGAGGAAUUUUUACAGCCAGAAGAUGGUGAAUCUAUGGAAUUCAUUGCCACAGAGGGCUGUGGAGACCGAGUGAUUGUGUGUAUUUAAGGCAGAGAUUGAUGGGUUCUUGAUUGGUAAAGGGGUUAAAGGUUACGGGGAGGAGGUGGGAGAAUGGGGUGAGAAAGAAAGUCAGCCAUGUUUGAAUGGCGAAGCAGACUCAAUGGGCCAAAUGGCCUCAUUCUGCUCCUAUAUCUUAUCAUCUAAUGGAAUUGAGACUGUAAACUCAAUAUAGAGAAUUCAGAAAUAUCCGUCCUGUAGGAUAUUUAAAAUUUAGAUUUAAAUUUUAUUUACAGCGUGGUAACAGGCCCUUCCGGCCCAGCGAGUCCGCGCCGCCCAUUUUUUUUAAACCCAAUUAACCUACCCGUACGUCUUUGGAAUGUGGGAAGAAACCGGAGCAUCCGGAGGAAACCCACGCAGACACGGGGAGAACGUGCAAACUCCUUACAGACAGCGGCGGAAAUUGAACCCAGGUCGCUGGCACUGUAACAGCGUUGUGCUAACCGCUACGCUACCGUGCCGCCGUAUGGAGCGCAGGAACACAGGACAAGUUAAUGACUGUUUCCAAGAGUUACUUCUUUACACAAACACACUUCAAACAGCUCAGCAGGAAUAGUAGAUGCUAGCAGGUCUCUGAUUUCAAUGAAAAAACAUAGUGCAACGUUAAACCUGCUCCUGAAAAUCUGAAAUGGAUAAAAGAUCCUGGAAACACACAGUCAGGUUUAACAUGGGAUUCACAGCCAAAACAUUAAUCCCUCCAUUCUCUCUGAGUCCGAAAUGUGGAGAGUUUCCACUGUUGUUUGUUACAUUUUUGUUCGAGGAUUGAUUAGUAGCCAUGCUGUGCUAACACUUCUGGACACACUUUUAAUGAAAUUGCCUGUAGGCUUGCAUAAGUAAAGAAACAGAGUUGAGCUAUCCACAGAACACCCUCUAUUGUAGGCAGUGACUAUCAGCUAAUCGGCAGUGUUUGUGACUGCAACGUUUCAAAGUCAUGCCACCUGAUGCACCAAGUUCUUAAAGGUACAUUUUAUAUUGAUGUACUGUUCACAGCACCUUCUUAAAGAAAAGGAAUGAACCCAUACAA